CUACUACAUACAGUCUUCUGUGACGAAGGGGAGUGACCGCGCAACGGCCUGUCAACGUUGUUUCAACGAGUGGUGAAAUCAGUAUUAUAGUACAUAGAAGCAUUUUUUCGGCUGCCACGAGAUCAUUUGCCAGUAGUCGCCACAACACACGAUGAACCGGGACAAAGAAUUCAGCAAAAACAAAAAGGAAAACCCAGUUCGAAAUGCGUCCUUCCUGUCGCGGCGGACCUUCUGGUGGUUGAAGGAAAUUUUCCGAGCCGGUUUACGGAACGAGAUCACGGAAGAUCUACUGUACGCCACACUACCCGAACACAAAAGUAACCGCUUGUCGGUCAAAUUCCAGCGACUGUGGACCGAGGAGCUUCAGCGGCCCCAACCUAGCCUGUUGCGAACGUUUUUCCGAGCGUACGGAAAGGCUACGCUAUUCUGGGGAUUGUUGGUCUCGGCAAUCGAAAUUGCCAAUCAAGUGGCUCAACCGCUCUUCCUCGGUGCGCUGGUUUCCUACUUUUCACCGGGACAGACGGAGAUUAGUGAACGUGAGGCGUACUUUUAUGCUGCCGGAGUGAUUUUCUGGUCGCUCGUUCCUGUACUGACAUUCCAUCCGUAUAUGUUAUACAUUUCCGAGAUCGGCAUGAAGCUUCGCAUCGGUAGCUCCAGCUUGAUUUACAGCAAGUCGAUGAAGCUGACGAAGUCGGCAGCCGGCACCGAUGGUCUUAGCGGAAAGAUCAUCAACCUUCUAUCCAAUGAUGUUAGUAGAUUCGACAUCGCUCUCUUCUUCCUUCACGAUCUUUGGAAAGGACCGAUCGCAUGUCUGUUGUUGGGAUAUUUCAUCUAUCUGGAGAUAGGCUACUCCGGUCUGCUCGGAAUGGCAUUCCUGCUUAGUUUUAUUCCCCUGCAAGCCUGGAUCGGUAAAAUGGCCGCCACCUACAGGAUGAAGGCAGCCAAACGAACGGACAGCCGGGUGCGCUUCAUGAAUGAAAUCAUCCAGGGUAUUCAGGUGAUUAAAAUGUACACCUGGGAGAGUUCUUUCGCUAAGAUGGUGAAACAGGUUCGACGCAAAGAAAUCAACGCCAUCCGGGGUGGAGCCUACGUACGAGCUACGCUGACCUCCUUCUUUGUGAUAUCACGAGUUUCGAUCUUUCUUAGCUUGCUUUCCUACACGUACACGGGAAAUCUAAUCACGGCUCGUAAGGUGUACAUCGUUUCCAGUUACUACAACUUUUUAAAUGAAUCUAUGGUGUUCUUCUGGCCGCUGGCAAUCACUUUCUGUGCGGAAGGCUACAUUUCGGUGAAACGAAUUAAGGAUUUCCUGCUGAUGGUGGAGGGAAAACCAAAAAGCGACGCAGCUUCGAACGGUCAAGAGCCUACGGUGAAAAGUAGUGUGUUGAUUGAGAAUGAAGAGAAGAAGUCUGCGGCGAAUAAUGGAAUGGUUGAGCAUAGUGAGGAAGCAGAACGGUUACUCAUAGCGAGGAGGGUUGUGAAUUUCAAUAGCGAGAAGAAAGGGAUUGUAAUGGAAGACGUUACGGCUAGAUGGUUUGUGAGUGAAGAAGAGUCAAACGUUGGCGUAACUUCGGUGACUACUACGAUCGAAGCAGGCCGGCUAUGCGUAGUGAUCGGACCGGUCGGUUCAGGAAAGACCACUCUUCUACAAGUUAUGUUAGGAGAGUUAGAGGUAGAUGCGGGAUUAGUACAGAUAAAUGGAACGAUAAGUUAUGCAGCACAGGAACCGUGGUUGUUUGGAGAUAGCAUACGGAACAAUAUUCUGUUUGUUGAAGAGUACGACGAACAAAGGUACUUAACAGUGAUCAAGAUAUGUGCAUUGGAGCGAGACUUUGAGAUGUUCCCGCAUGGAGAUCAAACGAUCGUCGGAGAACGUGGCAUUAGUCUCAGUGGAGGACAGAAGGCAAGAGUCAGUUUGGCACGGGCUGUCUACAAAAAGAGCGACAUCUACUUACUAGAUGAUCCACUAUCGGCUGUUGACACUCAUGUUGGCAAACACAUAUUCGAAAUGUGCAUCCGCGAUUUUCUAGCCGAUAAAAUUUGCGUGUUGGUGACGCAUCAGUUGCAGUAUUUAAAGGACGUACAGCACGUUUUGUUAAUGGAAGCAGGAUCGGUAGAGACACAGGGAACGUUCCGAGAGUUGAAAAGGACACGGCUCGAUUCAAUCACGUCGCUGAGUUCGGAGGAAUCGGAAAAUAAAUUUGAGGAAGACUUCAAAAAAGUGACAGCUCAUAGCGAAACCACGGCUCUGGAUGAAGAAAAGCAAGAAGAAGAAAAAGAAUCUCAAGGAGAGGGUACAGUGAAGCUGUCAGUGUACAAAACCUACAUCACAGCGAUCGACAGCUACUUGUGGAUAUUUUUCAUCACAUUAUUUAUAAUCUUAGCACAAUUGGCUAUGAGCGGGCUUGACUACUUCGUAGCUGAGUGGGUCAACUGGGAGGAAUCACUGGGUGCCAACUCAAUCUCGCUAAAGGAUAAUCAAACCAUUGAGGAUCUACUAGAUACCAACGUAACACUAGAAACGGAAGCUUCGCCCAAUCACGAUGAAGAAAGGCAACAGUAUAUACUAAUAUAUGCGGUCCUACUUGGGGCGUUUGUUUAUCUGAUAGUUCAGCGCACUUUCUCAUUCUACUAUGGAUGUUUACGAAUCUCAAAGAGACUUCACGAUCGUAUGUUCCGUGGCUUAACCCGAGCAACAAUGCAUUUCUUCAACACUAACCCUUCGGGGCGAAUCCUGAACCGCUUUUCCAAGGAUAUUGGAGCAAUCGACACCUCCUUACCAUUGUCUCUUUUCGAAUGUUGUGUGUUCAUACUGGACAUGAUCACCGUAAUAUCACUAGUCUCGAUCGUCAACUAUUGGUUCCUUCUACCCACGGUUAUCGCUGCCGUCAUCAUGUACUACUUCCGCCGGAUUUACCUCACCAGUUCGCGGGUUGUCAAACGCAUCGAAUCGGUCAACCGAUCGCCACUCUUCUCCCAGACGAACGCAACUCUACAGGGUCUGUCGACGAUUCGCGCCUUUCAAGCACAGGACACGCUGAUCCAUGAAUUCAACGAACAAAUGGAUGUCAACACGUCCGCCUGGUACAUUUUCAUUACCACAACGAGGGCGUUUGCUUUCUGGCUGGACUUUCUAUGUGUGAUGUAUAUAGCGGUUGUCACUUUAACCUUCGUCAAGUGGGGACAGAAUGUACUUGGAGGAAGCGUUGGUCUAGCGAUUACCCAAUCGAUGGGCUUGAUAGGAAUGUGUCAGUGGGGUAUGCGGCAAUCGGCCGAGCUCGAGAAUCAAAUGGUUUCGGUAGAGAGGGUAAUUGAAUAUACGCAGCUGAAAUCAGAACCUCCGCUGGAGACGGAAUCCAAAUACAAACCGCAAAGGAAUUGGCCCGAGGGCGGCGUCGUGAAGUUUGUGGAUGUGGAGCUAAGCUACUCGGAUGACGGGGAAAAGGUUUUGAAGGAUUUGAACUUUUCCAUUCAGCCAAAUGAGAAGAUUGGGAUAGUCGGUCGGACAGGAGCUGGAAAAUCUUCGCUUAUUCAGGCGCUGUUCCGGCUCGCUCCCUAUGAAGGAGUGAUAGAGAUCGAUGGUAUCGACACGAAAACGCUUGGUCUGAAGGAUUUGAGAAGCAAAAUAUCGAUCAUUCCACAGGAUCCAAUUUUGUUUUCCGGGACUCUACGCAGUAAUUUGGAUCCGUUUGAGGAGAAGAACGAUGAAGAACUAUGGAAUGCUUUGGAUCAGGUGGAAUUGAAAGAGGCUGUUACCUCUCUGGCAGGUGGAUUGGAAUGUAAGAUGUCCGACGGGGGCAGUAACUUCAGCAUGGGCCAACGACAGCUGGUUUGUCUAGCAAGAGCAAUGCUUAGGAGGAACAAAAUUCUAGUUUUAGAUGAAGCUACCGCCAACGUAGACCCGGAGACGGAUAAACUAAUUCAAACUACGAUUCGCACUCAAUUCGCGGACUGCACAGUAUUAACCAUCGCUCACCGGUUGCACACGGUCAUGGAUAGUGACAGGGUACUGGUGAUGGAUGCCGGUCGAAUGGUGGAGUUCGGCCACCCUCACAGUUUGAUGCAAGAAGCGACCGGCUAUCUGAGGAGGCUGGUGGAACAAACCGGAGUUGCAACGGCCGCUUUGUUGAUGCGGAUUGCCGACGAGCACCAUAAAAUUAAAGUUAAAAUGUAGUCACUAAAUAGUAGCACAGCUGAACAUAACUUGAACACAGGAGCUGCCUUUAUUAAUCAGGAUAGGUAAAGGACAAAAGUGCUUAAAAAUUGUUACGAAUUUGUUUUAUAGAACCUCAAUUUUACACUGUUUUAAGACAUAGAAAGUAUGAUCAUCAAUAUAGUUUAAAUG